AUGGAUCUUGAUCAUUUUGGCAACCAUGUCAUUGCCCAAAGUUUAUCUGAAGAAGAAAUUAAAGGUCUCAAAGCAAUGUUCACAAAUAUGGACACAGACAAUAGUGGCGCAAUCACAUAUGAAGAAUUGAAAUCUGGAUUGGCUCGCCUUGGGUCAAAACUGUCAGAAGUAGAAGUAAAACAACUCAUGGAAGCUGCUGAUGUGGAUGGAAAUGGGACAAUUGAUUAUAUUGAAUGUAUAACUGCUACGAUGCAUAGACAUAAGCUUGAACGAGACAAGCAUCUCUUUAAAGCUUUUCAGUAUUUUGACAAGGAUAACAGUGGCUAUAUUACGAGAGAUGAACUGGAAACUGCUAUGAAGGAGUACGGUAUGGGUGAUGAGGCCACAAUCAAGGAAAUAAUUUCAGAAGUUGAUACAGAUAAUGAUGGACGGAUCAACUAUGAGGAGUUCUGUCAAAUGAUGAGAAGCGGAACAACACAACAGGCGAAGCUCUUCUAGUGUCAAGGCAAAUAAUGUUUUGAGCAGUUCGUUUUUUGGACUCACGAGAAAGUUCUGUAAGGAUGACGAGAUGCUGGGGACGAGGUGCAAGAUGACGUAUUAUCUUGAUUUCUUGUCAGAUUAUCAACUGCUUUCGUGACAUUGAAGGGAGUAUGGUUAAGAAUUUGAGAGGCCUUUUUGUUCAGAUAGCUGUAGAUGGUGUUGUGCAUACUCUAUUCCAUUACUAAUUUGUGUUUAUCCGUAAUGUAUUGAAUGCCCAAUUAAUUUUAUACUCACAACAGUGUUUAUUCUUGUAAGUGGAUUCCUGUGUGAUAAACGAUUGGGAUUAAAUAUGCCCACCGUUCUCCCUGGAUUUGUUGACAGCAGAUAUUAAUCUCAUCUAACGGAUUACUUGGUCUAGUAGAUUACACGGAACAGAAGUUAAAAUUGUGUUUA